AUGUAUGGAAUGGUAAAGCCAGCUGGUGCUCCCUUGGAACUUGAUCUUUCCAAAGUUUCUCAUUUCAUUGUCGACUGGGAUGAGACUGUGACUAGUUUAGACACCAUGCAUCUUUUAGGAGCUGCUGCCUACGAAUGCAAACCUGACUUUGAACCUAAAUGGGACUAUUUUGUUCGUGAGUUCCUUAAUGAUUAUACGCAAUACUCACGGUCGUUCCAGCCAUCAUCAUCCAAAGCUAGUUCUCAAAAAGAAGAUAAUGAUGCUGAGGUGGCUGCAUCUGCAGUGGCAGCAGCAGCAUCUAAAGAAGGAAUUUCGCCUGAACUUGAAGAAGAAAUUGAGUUUUUACUUGGUCUUAAGCCAAUCGAAUACGAGUCUGCAAAGCGUGUAGAGGAUGCAAAACUCUUUGAAAACAUUGACCCCAAGUUUAUUCAAGCACAAGUCGGCAAGGUGCUUUUCCGAGACGGUUGGUGGGAUCUUAUCAAGAAAAUUCACCCUGCUCAUGGUGAAGAGAAAGAUGAUACCAAAGAAUAUCCCAAGAUUGCAAUUGUUAGUGUGAACUGGUCCGCGGAUUUGAUCCGCAGAGUACUUGACCACUACUUCCCGGGUAACGAUAUUGCAAUUUACAGUAAUGACAUUGAUUGGGUCACGGGGGAUAUUUUCCCUGCUGACUAUGACUCUAUAAAUUACGAUGUUCAUCCAGACCAUGUUAAUAGCGCAACUGAUCCUAAAAUCUCACGCGGCCAUGUUCGCACUGCUAACGAUAAAAAGCGAAUUAUUGCAGCUUUGAAAGAUGAGGCAAAGAAGCUGGGUAAAGAACUUUGGUAUUUUGGAGAUAGUUCUACCGAUACCUUAGCUCUUUUGGAGGCUGAUAAAGGUGUUGUUGUUGGUAAGAAAAAAACAUUUGAUAAACUGACCAAAGAAUUGAAGAUUCCUAAUCUAUCUUUUAUUUCUGAUUGGAAUCAAAUAAAACUACAAUCAGAUGAAUCUUCUUCCAAUCUUUAA